UGAACAGACUAUACAGCGCGUGCAGCUCCGGUCAACGAUAUAAACGACAUGGUGAUGAACGAUUAAGCCAAAAAGGACGCGACGCGGAUCGCCUCUAGCGUUCGUGAUGCGCAGACUUCCACCCGAAAUUAUCGACAUAAUCAUCGAACACGCGUGUUCGACGGACCACCGAGCCGCCCCCGUCCUCCUGCUGGUCUCGAAGUCCAUUCAUACCCUCACUCUUCGCCACCGCUACCAUAGCGUCGCACUCUAUGGUUUUUCCGCACUGCGCGACUUUCUACGCCACCUAGAAGCCGCCGCCUUGGAGCACCGGCGUAUCAUACGACUCCUCGUGUCCGAUCGCCCACGAGGCGCAUGCAUGGCGAAGCAGCGGCCCGUGCUGGACACGUCCCGGAGAAACAGGAAACGAUUCAUUGCAGCCUUGAAGACUCUCCUGGACCGCGAGUCAAACUCGGGCGUAGAGGCGUUCUCCUGCAUCCUCUUCGACUGCUACCCAUCGGACGCGCUGCAAGACGCGUUGCAGCAUAUAGAAGGAAGAUUCCCCGCGUUGCAGGAUGCUGGGAUAUACCAGGGUGCUGGUGGAGAGCACGGAUUGGCGUUGGCGCUGAUACCGAGGUUGCGCCGGUUGACCCUGGUUAACGACGACUCGGGUAUCGAAGACCGGUUGCGUCUCCUGUCCAUGGUAGGAGAUGACGAUGACGUCGACCAAGCGGACGAUAACGCAGGACCUGAUAUAUCGGCGCCUGCCCAGCAGGAGAGACUUGCGGCGUUGUCAACGGAAACGGCUGGUGUAUUCGCUGAAAUUGGGUGGGACAGGCGCAACAGUUUCGCUGUCGAUGUGCAUGUGGGCUGCGGUGCAUCAUGUGUAGUGAAUAUAUGGGAGUCGGGCAAGUCGACAUGUAGACUCGCUUAG